AAUCCCGGCGUGCCCCGGAAGCGGAUGUUGUACCGGGCUGGGGAACACCGGCGAUAGCGGCAGAGAAUGAACGCGCCUCCGGCCUUCGAGUCCUUCCUCCUCUUUGAGGGAGAGAAGAAGAUCACCAUUAACAAGGACACCAAAGUCCCCAAUGCCUGUUUGUUCACCAUCAACAAGGAGGACCACACGCUGGGGAACAUCAUCAAGUCACAGUUACUGAAAGACCCUCAGGUGCUGUUUGCAGGCUACAAAGUCCCCCACCCCCUGGAACACAAGAUCAUCAUUCGGGUACAGACCACUCCAGACUACAGCCCUCAGGAAGCGUUCACUAAUGCCAUCACAGACCUGAUCAGCGAGCUCUCCUUGUUGGAGGAGCGAUUCCGGGUUGCUAUCAAAGACAAACAAGAAGGAAUCGAAUAGUUCUUGCUGUCCUUCCCCUGCAGUUUUGACUUCCAACUGGUAUGAAAAGUUAAAUGGGGGAAACUUUCUUACUGCCUUUCCCUUUCGGCAUACAACUCCUGUAAUUUCCUCAUAAAAUGUAUUUCUUA